CGGCUCUGAGUGAAGCCAAAAAUGCAGUCGCCUUCUGGUUUGUAAGGAAGGAGCUACUAACAAGAUGAACAAACUUCUCGUGCUGGUAGCGUGUGUGCUUGGCACCGUAUCCGCUGGACGCAUCCUGCAGCGUGACUGGCAGGCUGAAAUUGGCACUGCUGAUCAGCGCAUAGAACGCAUGUCCAGGCAGGACUUGCAGCGCCAAAAGUUUCUUCUGGACCUUGUGCAGCGUGUUCAACAGCCAUUGCAGCAGGAUGAUCUUAUACAGCUGGACCAGGGCCUGAUUGUGGAUGCACAGCGCUAUCGAGGUGGCAUUGAUGGAGAGAUGCAGCGCGUCAUCGAUUUGGAUCGUCAGCGCCGGCUGCUGGAUGAGCACCAGAUCUAUAGCAUACGUAAUGUGGAGCAUGUGCAGCAGCUGCGCGGCAUCUAUCGCCUGCUGGUGCGCGCCCUCGACUUUGAGACACUGCAGCGCAAUGUCAUCUAUCUGAGGCGCAACAUCAAUCCCGUGCUGUUGAUCAAUGCCCUAACUCUGGCCAUCCGCGAUCGCGAGGACACCCAAAUCUUGAUCAUGCCCGCCGUUCAGGAGAUAUUGCCCGAACUUUAUCUCGACCAGCAGACGAUUGAGCAAGUUCAGCGUAUGCAAUCUGAGGUGGAGGGCAGUCCGCGUCCCUCUCUCAUGGAUCUGGUUGGUCUUGGCCAACGUAUGCGUCAGAUUAAUCCUGUGAUGCGGAUGGUUAUGCCAUGGCGGGAUCUGCACAUGCAAAUGGCGCUGAGAAGGCAAGAGAUACAGCAGCAUCAGAUCCAGAAUCGUGUGGUGUUGCCCAUUCAGACCUUGCAAGGAGACCAGGACAUUUCGCUGCUGACUGAGGAUAUUGGCUUGCGCAACUUCAUGCAGAAUCUAAUCCAAGAGCUGGCCCUGCUUGAGGACACUACGAAUACCCGUCAGAUGCUCGACAUGGAAAAUGACAACGAUAUGGUAAGGCAGUUGGAGGUGGAGCAGCGUCGUCAAGGUAACUCCGACAUCAACAACGAUCGUCUGCUGGGUGUCAACCGUCGCCGUAUGCAGCAACAGCAGAACGAAGAUGACAACGAGAGCGAGAACCAGCGUGAGCGUGUUAUGGUCCGCAACGAUGAGGACGAUGAAGAAGUCCUGUUCGGAGCUCAACUGCCUGGCAGCCGUGUGCCUCUGCUGCGUGGCAUAGGACAGGGUAUUAGAAGAAUGUUGGGUGGCAUCCGGGAAGAUCGAGUGGGCCAGGAGCAGACUGACAUGCGCGGAAUCCUCAAGCAGGAUAGCGAACAACAGCUUACCGACAACCUGCAAACCGUUUCAAGUGAUGACGAGCGCCUGGUGCACAUCAACAGACGUCGCUUGGGUCAACCCAUGGAUAACAUGACACCGCGUCGUAUUAAUCCCAUUGGAGAAGGUCGUCGCGUGGGUGACAUGGACACCAUGAAGGAUGAGGACAUUGUACAGCUGAUACGCAAGGAUAAUCGUCUAGGUCACCUCAGCGAUGAGGAGAUCGUCGAGAUGGUGCGUCGCAAUCGCCAGGGAAAGGAGCAAAUACAACAGGGUCAGACCUGGAAUAUUCAACGCCAUCUCAGCCAGGACGAAGACUUGAACCGUGGUACCGACAACCUGCAAACUGUUCAACGUGAUGACGAGCGCCUGGUACACAUCAACAGACGCCGCUUGGGUCAACCUAUGGAUAUCAUGACACCGCGUCGUAUUAAUCCCAUUGGAGAAGGUCGUCGCGUGGGUGACAUGAACACCAUAAAGGAUGAUGACAUUGUGCAGCUAAUACGCAAAGAUAAUCGUCUGCGUCAGCUAAGCGAUGAGGAGAUCGUCGAGAUGCUGGGUCGUAAUCGCCAACGCAAAGAACAAACACAACAGGGUCAGACCUGGAAUAUUCAACGCCAUCUCAGCCAGGACGAAGAGUUGAACCAUGGUAACGAGAACCUGCAAACCGUUUCACGUGAUGACGAGCGCCUGGUGCACAUCAACAGACGUCGCUUGGAUCAACCCAUGGAUAUCAUGACACCGCGUCGUAUUAAUCCCAUUGGAGAAGGUCGUCGCGUGGGUGACAUGAACACCAUGAAGGAUGAGGACAUUGUACAGCUGAUACGCAAGGAUAAUCGUCUAGGUCAGCUAAGCGAUGAGGAGAUCGUCGAGAUGGUGCGUCGCAAUCGCCAGCGCAAGGAGCAAACAGAAAAGGAACGCUUUAUGGGCAUAGUACGUGACGACCGUCUGAGCGAAGGACGCCGUGUAAACCAGGUUCAACUGGAACAGGAUCAGAUCAGCAAGAGCCGGAACGAAGACUGGCACCGUGGUACCGACAACCUGGAAACCAUGAGUCGCGAUGAUGAGCAAUUGGUGCACAUUAAUAGACGCCGUCUUAAUCAGCCCAUGGAUAUCAUGACUCCUCGUCGCAUUAGUCCUAUUGGAGAGGGUCGCCGCGUGGACGGCGAAGACACCAUGAAGGUGGAGGACAUUAUGCAGCUGAUUCGCCGCGACAAUCGUCUAGUUCAUCUCAGCGAUGAUGAGAUCAUCGAGAUGCUGCGUCGCAAUCGCCAGCGCAAGGAGCAGGAAAAACAACAGAACGAAGAUCACACAAUUGUGGAGCAGGGACACCGCUACCGACGCAGCUUGGUCAACCCCAUGGUGGAGCAAACGACCCGUCGCAGUGAAAUGAUAUUGCACACUUUACGCCAGCUGUUGGCACGCUUGAACCAGGAGCGCAUUGCUGGACGACUGGGCAAAGACGAGAUGCAGCUAAUCGACAAUUCCCGUUUGAUCAUGCCUAACCAAGAUCAGACUCAACGUUAUGCAGUGCGCCUGAACGAGAUGCGCUUGGACUCACGUCGCAACCGGGUGCUGAUUGAGCAAAUCAAUGCCAUCGAGGGCCGUUUGCAGCAGGUGAUUGGUCGUGUGGUCCGCGAGAUGGGCAAUGGCAACAUCGGCGUUAACCGCAUGACAGGAUCUGGAGUGCAGCAGAUUGAUGAACAGCUUCGCAUCGAGAGUCUGAUUGGUGAUGUGCUAAUGGGACGCCUGGGUGAUAUUGGUAUCUUGCGCAUCCUGCGUGAGCUGCUCCAAGAUGCCAACGUUCAGCUGGAUCGUUCCGGGCUGGGAGUCAGCAUGGGUGACCGCCUGUUGCAGCACACUCUCCGCAGAAUCAUAAGCAUUGUGGAUGAUCUGCGCGAGCAGCAGCUCGGCGUUUAUAGGCGCGAGCAGCUGGACAUGCGGGAUGUGACCAUUAACGCUGUGCGCGUCGGCAAACUGCGCACCCGCAUCGAGGACAGUGACAUGGACGUGAGCAGCCUGCUGGAUCAGCCGCAACAAGUGCAAAUGAUGGUGCGCCAGCGUCGCCUGAACAACAAGCCCUUUACCAUUGACAUGGACAUGAGCUCAGAGCGCCCACAGGAUGUCAUCGUGCGCCUCUUUCUGGGACCACGUCAGGAUGCCGCUGGCCGUGAGGUGAACCUAGAGCAGCGCCGCUCAGACUUUGUGCUUCUGGAUGCAAUCAACACUCAACUACAGGCGGGCCGCAAUCGCAUUCAAUAUCGCUCCACAAACAUUGCCUGGACUACCCGCGAUGCCACACCCUACAGCGAGAUCUAUCGUCGUGUGAUGACCACACUGAGCGGCCAGCAAGAUGCGAUGAUAGUGAACGACCUGGUUGGUGAAAAUGGACGCUUCCCUCAGCGCUUACUGCUGCCACGCGGUCGUCCCGAGGGUCUGCCCAUGCAGCUGCUUGUGAUUGUCUCGCCCGUGGAGCGCCUGGGCCGAGAGCAACUGAUGCGAAUGGAGCGCAUCGAUGGCGUUAUGGGCAUGAGCAUGGCUUCCAUAAUGGACAGCCGUCCGCUGGGUUUCCCGCUCGACCGACGCAUUGACAACGAGCAGGAACUGUUGCAGCUGUCCAACGUACAACUGGAGGACGUUAUGAUCAUUCACGAGAACUGAAGACGCGACCGCAUAUUAACCCUUUGCCUGAUGGACUGACCGAUCGAUAGACCCUAAAUCAUACGCAUUCUGACAUAUCCGAAAUGUAAUAGUUAAAUUUCAUAUUUUCUGUAAUCCCUAAAUAAAGCUAUGCAAGUGAUGCAUAAGUGCAUUGAAAAAAAAAA